CAAACAAGUUUAUAAGAAAGUCUCAGUUCGGAUGAUGACGCCAACGCCAACCGCAAUAGUCGGCUCUCAAUAUUGUGCUCCAUAUCCACUUGAUCUUGCGUUGGUUAAAAAAGUUGGGACCUUUUCACAUGGAAACUUCGCCGUCACUGAUGUUAACGGCAACAUCGUUCUCAAAGUUAAAGGUUCCAUUCUAACCCAUGAUUACCGUGUCUUCUUUGAUGCCGCCGGUAACCCCAUCCUCACCCUACGUAAGAAGUUAGUGACUAUGAGUGAUCGGUGGGAAGCUUUUAGGGGUGAAAGCAUACAUGCUAAAGAUCUUAUAUUUACAUUGACGCGAUCCUCUUUAUUCCCAUGUAAGACCAAAUUAGAUGUCUUUCUAGCUAGUAACACAAAAGAAAAUGUUUGUGAUUUUAAGGUCAAAGGUAGUUGGUUCGAACGAUCUUGCAUUGUUUAUGCCGGUGAAUCUAACAAUAUUGUUGCCCAGAUGCAUCCAAAGUUCACUUUAACGAAUGCUUUAAUUGGUAAAGACCAUUACAUGGUCAGAGUUUAUCCCAACGUUGAUUACGCUUUCAUAAUAGCGUUAAUUGUGAUUCUUGACGAGAUGAACCGAUUCGAGUUACAUUUUUCUAUACUUCCAUGUGUUUUAUUAUCAAAUUAAAGGGUGUGAAGAUUAUAGAUUCAAUUCAUAGCUAUUUUUAAUAGGUGUAAUUGUACUUAUUAGUCCAUCUAAUUUAUUAAUUCUGUGAUUUUAGUUUCAAAUGAGCAAUUUUGCUCCCUCUAGUUUUCAACCUUUCUGAUUUAUUAGUCCUUCACUUUGAUUUUGAAAACUUGAUGCUAAGGUUACAAAUGAAAAAUAGUUGUAUAAUUCUUAUCGGCC